UGGAAAAUGAGGGGCUUCCUCAUGGCAGCUGGGACUCCUGUAAAGCAUGGAAAGGCGAUCGACCACCUUAUGGAAGCACUCUUACUACCAGCUGAAGUGGCCAUACUGAAGGUGAAGGCCCACGGUAAAUUGACCACUAUGGAAGCAAAAGGAAAUCAUCUGGCAGACAUGGCUGCUAAGCAAGCUGCGGUCAGGGAGCAGGAAGAGGAUGAAGAGAUGUGCAGUGAGGUGGUGCCUGUGUUAAUUCAUCAGCCCAAGGACAGCCAACUCCAGGAAGCCCAGGAUAAUGCUUCAGAAGCAGAGAGGAAGGAAUGGAUACAGAAAGGAGCAGUUGAGGACAAAGAGUUGUGGGUGCUGGGGAAGAAGGUUUUGCUCCCCAGAUCCUUAUAUCCGGCGACAGUGCAGUCGGCACAUGGGGCGUCACACCUGUCCAAGAUGUUAAUGAACUCCUUGAUCAACAAGUUCUACGUGGCACCCAGAAUUACGGCUUACACAGAAAGAUUCUGUAAGUCUUGUGUUGUGUGUGCCAAGUGCAACCCUGGAAGACCUGAGAAACCUCCC